AUGUUCAUCACACGUGGGCUCAUUCUCAUCUCAUUGCUCUUCGUUUUCGUACUGAUGGAUGAGGAGUUUGACAAAAAAGUUGCAAAAAUGAACAAUGACCAUGAUAAAAAAGUUGCGAAGAACAAUGAAGCUUACGACAAAGCCGUCGCAGAACAAAAAUCAAUGUGGGAUAAGUUUUUGGCAUACGGUACCGCCGUGGUUGUGGUCGUUUUUGUUGUGCCCAUUCUGAUUUCAAUUGCUGCAAGUGUCAUUACGUGUAUCCUGGUUCGUCGCUGCAAUCGGAAUAGGUAUGGUGGUCCAGGUGGACCCACACAAGGAGGAACUACCGGUGGAGGAUUUUAA